AUGUCACCGCCGGGUCCCGUGCUCCGUCCCGUGCUCGCCUCCUCGCCCCUGUGCGCCCGUCCGCCCGACGGCCGCGCCCCGCAGCAGCUUCGCCGUCCUCCUCCUCCCCCGGCACCUUCGGCGGCACAGUCCGUCGGCGGCCGGCUCGGGGCCCGAGCGAAACCCGGGCGCCGCGCGCGUGCCACCCGGAGUCCAAAGCCCGGUCCCCGCGGCUGUGUGGGCGGCGGGGGCGACGCGCGCCCCGCCUCAGCCACCUCUGCCGCUUCUCCGGGGCCGCAGGGCCCCCGCCCCGGCAUCGGCCCCGGCAAUGGCCCCCGGCUCGCGCCCGCACGCCGAAGGGCGCGUUCGGAGGGGAGACCCCGGACGGAGCCGAGCGCGACAGCCCGCGCCCGCGGGGCCGCAGCAGUUCCGGGUCAGGCGGCCGCGGCUCACGCAGCCGGGGCCCCGCGGAGGGAAGAGGAACCGGAACCCGGGCUGCGGACGGGGCCUCCGAGCCAGGCGGGUCUGCGCGCGGGGAGCGACCUCGGGAAGGAAGCAGGCUCCUUCUGCGAGCGGAGGCCCUUUGCCCCAGGCCCCUCUGCAGCCGCUCGGGACGGAUCGCUGCCCCCCAGUGUGGUCGGGAACGUGGUUUACUCACCAGAGUCCAGGCCUGAGGACCUCCUUCCCUCAGCGCUUGGCAGUUUGUCCAUCCAAAGUUCAAGAGUAAAGAAGGUGAACCAGAAAGGGGAAAAGAGGCACACAAGAAUGUCAGGGAACAUAGAAAGGAAGAGUCAAGGAGUUCCUGAAGAAGCUGUGGCUAAACAGGACACAUCUUCAUUAACUGAUGCUGUAGAGCAAGUGGCAAAGCAACAGCAAUCACAAACAUCGGAAAUAGAGAAAAAUAAAAAAGUUUUAUUCCAUUUGCAGAAUGAACUUCAUGAGCUUGAAAAACAAAUAGCAUCUGUCUCUGCAGAAACUAAGGAAACAGAGAGGCAAAUUUAUCAGCAAGAUGCUGCCAUAGAGAAUACCAAACUUCAGUGUGGGAGCCUAGAAACUCAAAUCAAAUCCUUACAUUCAGAAAACGUAAAGCUUAAAUUUGACAUAGAAGCUGCCCAAGAAGAUUUUGAGGAACAAGUGAUAAGAUAUAAUGAAUAUCAUGCAAAAAUAAAAGUGCAUAAAGAUAGUUUGGGGGAAAUAGAAAGCAAAUGGUCAUUUAUGAGUGAACUCCAGGAAAAACGAGAUCUUGUUAAAAAACUAAAGGCAAUGAAAGAGGAACUUAUGCAAGAUCUCCAAAAUCCAGAAGGAAACCAGAUGAAACAAGUACAGGAAGACAUUACAAAGCUAAAGGAUAAAAUUAUAACUGUAAAAGAGUCUAUCAUUGAAGAAACUUGUUUUCUUGAGGAAGAAAAAGAGACACAUGAAAGAUUAAGGAAAGAAAUAGAGGUACAACAUAAGAGAUAUGGUGCAAUUCUUAAGCGUUUGCAUUGUCAGGUGAACAAGCUUCAGUCAAAUAGAAGACAAUGGCAAUGGAACAUUCAACAACUGGAGAAAACUGCAGCUGAACUGAGAAAACGCAUUGGAAUGAAAGAUUAACAUGGCUGUAGGGCAAUAGAACACAGGCUAUACCAACAAAGAUUAUGGGGCAGAAUGUUGGGAAAGUCCUUUGGAUUCUUAACAACCAGCAUUCACUGUCAGAGGUCUGUCUUAAUGAUGGAUAUAUUUUCUCUUUUUUUGAACUAGUUAUCUGUUUGUUAAAGUGCCUUCUAACCCUACAAUUGAUAGCAAUAUAGACAAUAGGAAUGCUUACAGAAGAAUAGUGGAAGAUGCUAUAUGAAUAUUUUGAAUGUAUAAGAUGUAUUGUUCUCAUGAGUACUGUUUAUAAACAUGUUGCCUUCACUAUCAUAUGAAGU